AUGGCCAGAAAUCUAGAAGGUGGGCGUUCCAAUGUGGCUGGAGGAGGAGACCGUUCAUCAUUUACAUUCUAUGUGUUUGUAGUUAUCCUCGACCUUAUGAUAAUCGCCGCAAGCUUUGGAAAUAGGCAGUCCGCCUCGAGUUCGACUUCCGUGGUUUUACCUCCCGAAGAAAGUACUGCAUUUGAGGUUUUUGUGGUGACUUGGCCACCGGGCUUUUGUUCUAUGCACAGGGUAACCUGCACAAGAGAUUCAAUUAAUGAUAAAUGGGUUGCACACGGUAUAUGGGGCGUGAGGGCGGAUGGAACUGUUAAGAAACAUUGCCCUAUACCGGCUAUGUCAACCUACGCCACUGAUGUAAGUUGCCUUGAGUUGGCUGCUGCAGUAAUUGCGUACUUGUUAUACCAUACGUCCGAUUUGUUGUAA